AUGCCAAACUUAAAGAGACUACCCAUCCCGCCACUGCAGGACACGCUCAACCGCUACCUGGCACGCGUGGAACCCCUGCAGGACGAGCGCCAAAACCGCCGUACGCGCCGCACUGUGCUCUCCGCAGAAAACCUGGACGCAUUGAACACGCUGCACGAGCGGCUGCUAGAAUACGACGCACGGCUCGCGGAAAGCAACCCAGAGUCCUCAUACAUCGAGCAGUUCUGGUAUGACGCGUACUUGCUAUAUGAUGCAACUGUCGUUCUCAACGUCAACCCGUACUUCCAACUGCAGGACGACCCAACCAUCAAAGACACACCAGAGACGGCGGCACAGGGCCCCUAUGGCGCACACACGGUGCAGGUUCGUCGUGCCGCACGACUCACCACCUCUAUUCUCAAGUUCAUCCGCCAGAUUCGCCACGGCACACUCCGCACAGACACUGUGCGCGGCAAAACGCCGCUGUCGAUGGACCAGUAUGAGCGGCUAUUCGGCUCCAGUAGAAUCCCUCCGGGUCCCGGCGAGCCCUCUUGCCACUUGCAAACAGACGCCACGUCGCAUCACGUGGUGGCGAUGUAUCGUGGCCAGUUCUACUGGUUCGACGUGCUGGACACACGCAACGAGCCCAUCUUCGCCACCCCAGAACAACUGGAGUGGAACCUCUACUCGAUCAUCAUGGACGCGGAAUCCGCCGGAAGCGGAUCCGCGCCCUUUGGCGUGUUCACCACAGAGUCGCGCCGGGUGUGGUCCAACAUCAGGGACUAUCUGUUCCAUGCGGACGACUGCACCAACUGGCGCAAUCUCAAGCUGAUCGACUCCGCGCUGUUCGUGGUCUGUCUCGACGACGUGGCGUUUGCCGCCGAUCAGCAGGACGAGCUCACGCGUUCGAUGCUGUGCGGGACUUCUACCAUCAAUCUCGACCCGCACCAACACCAGCCGCCAUUGAACGUGCAGACAGGCACCUGUCUCAACCGCUGGUACGACAAGUUACAACUGAUCGUGACCAAGAACGGUAAGGCGGGCAUCAACUUCGAACACACCGGUGUGGACGGCCACACUGUGCUGCGGCUCGCCACAGACAUCUACACAGACUCGAUCCUGAGCUUCGCACGCGGUGUCACCAAGAACGUCGUCGACAUCUUUAGCGACGACGAUGGAAAACCAUCGUCGUCGUCGUUGGCCUCGGCGGCUCACUCCGCCAACUUGAUCACCAUCCCUCGUAAACUGGAAUGGCGCACUGACAAUUUCCUGCAAUCGUCGCUGCACUUUGCCGAGACGCGCAUCUCGGACUUGAUCUCGCAAUACGAGUUUGUUAAUCUUGACUUCUCCAACUACGGCGCGUCCCAUAUCAAGACAGUGUUCAAGUGCUCGCCAGACGCCUUCGUGCAGCAGGUGUUCCAGGUCGCAUACUUCGCGUUGUACGGUCGCUUCGAGACCGUGUACGAGCCUGCCAUGACCAAGGCGUUCCAAAACGGCCGCACAGAGGCCAUCCGCUCCGUCACGGGCCAAUCGAAGCUCUUUGUCAAGUCACUACUGGACCAGGAUGCCUCGGACGCCACCAAAAUUCAGCUCUUGCACGACGCCUGUACGGCGCACUCGCAAAUCACAAGGGAAUGCUCCCAGGGGCUCGGCCAGGACCGUCACUUGUAUGCGCUCUACUGCCUCUGGAACCAAUGGUACAAGGACAAGUUGGAGCUCCCACCCAUCUUCCGCGACAAGUCCUGGACUACCAUGCAGAACAACGUCUUGAGCACCUCCAACUGCGGUAACCCCUGCCUCAAGAGCUUCGGGUUCGGGCCUGUCACCGCCAACGGCUUCGGCAUCGGCUACAUCAUCAGAGACCACUCCGUCUCUGUGGUGGUGUCCUCAAGGCAUCGCCAGACUGCUCGGUUUGCGUCGCUCAUGGAAAAGUCGCUGCUGGAGAUCGACCGCAUCUUCAAACGGCAGCAAGCUCGCGCAGCAAAACCCGCUGCCAGGACCACUGCUAGCGCCAACACCAAAUCAGAAGACAUGAAAUACCUGUUGUCCGGCUACGAUUACUUCGACGUGAGCGUGUCCGGUUGA